AUGUCGCGAACUGCCACUGAAGCAAAUCUCGUUAGCAUUCGAGAUAUGCUUCCCAAACGGCUGCGAACAGCCAGAAAAGUGGACGUAAGCGGGUUCCGGCGCGGAUCCAUCAUUCGGGCGAAGUUGAGGAACUUCAUGUCGUACUCGCUGGCGGAAUUUCACUUCGGUCCGAGGAUGAAUUUGAUCGUGGGGCCGAACGGAUCUGGAAAAUCCACUUUUGUGUGUGCCGUGUGCAUCGCAUUGGCGGGAAAGUUGGAAUUUUUGGGCAAGGCGUCAAUGACAGUGGACCAGUUUAUCAAGAUGGGUGAGCGCCAGGGGUACAUUGAGUUGGAAAUGAAAGCGCAGGGCCAAAACGAGACGGUAGUGAUCCGGCGCACCCUUUCAAGAGAUGCCAAAUCCACAUGGUACGUCGAUGGGCAGCAGGCGACGGAGAAUUCGGUCCGUGCGCUAUUGAAAACGAGCAACAUUGAGCUUGGGAACCUUUGCCAGUUUCUUCCGCAGGACCGAGUUGCGAAGUUUGCAAGUUUGAAGCCCGAGGAGCUCUUGCGGGAGCUUGAGCGCAUUUACCAGGAUGGGAAGUUGUUGGAACAGCACGAGCGGCUGGAUGCGCUCUACGGUGAGCGCCAGAGGAAGUGCCGGGAUGCGGAGGAUGCGCAGCGCAGGCUUGCGGAGUUGCACCAGCGCCAGCAGGCGCUCGAGGAGCAUGCGGCGCAGUUGCGCGAGUUCCGCCGGCUCGAGGAUGAGUUGCGCCGGCUCGGCAGCGUGCGCACGUAUGCACGUCUUGAGGCGCGACGCACAGUGGAGGCACAGAGCAAAGAGGAGUAUCGGAGCGCGGUGGAGGCGGUGCGCGGCUAUGAGCGCCAGGUUGGGCCGUGGCGAGCUGAGAUUGCGCAGAUGGCGGCCAGCGCCACGGACCACUUAGAGACCUCGAAGCAGCAUGCCGCCGCACAGGACAAAUACAAGGCGCGUGCGGAGCGGCGCAUGGCUGCGCUGGACGGCAUCGGCGGCGAAAUUGAGCGCCUGGAGUCCAAGAAGGAGUACAUCUCCACGCGUAUGGAGGCGCGUAUCCAGAAGCUGCGCGGGUUGACGCGGGAGCUUGCGCAGUGCGAGCAGACCAAGCGCAAGAUCGACUUGUUAGAUACGGCGCAGAUGGAGGUGUUGCGCGCGGACCGCGAGAAGUACACGGCGCAGGCGGAGGCGCAGCGCGAGCAGGUGCAGGCGCUCCGGGAGCAGGUGCGCGAAUUGGUCAAGGGGCACGAGCGGCGUAUUCAGAGUGCUGAUGAGUUGCGCAAGCAGCUUGGGUCGAAUGACCGGCUCUUGACACUCGACCGCCGGCGGUUUGGGAACGUCAUCGAGUGCGUGAAGUUAGUGCGCCGGGAGGGCGCAAAGUUGCACUUGAACUGCUUCGAGCCACCCGCCGUGAGCGUGCGCGUCAAGGACCCACGCUGCGCGCCUGCGCUUGAGCGCCUCGUCCGCGCCACCAACAUGAACGCCUUCACGAUCGCCAACGGCUUCGAAUACGACAAGCUCACGAAGUUCUUGUACGAUGAGCACUAUCGGUUUGGUCGCGGGGUGAGUGUGCGCACGCUCGGGCGCAGUGCGCAAGAUCCGCAGCAACUGCGCGGGUGCGUCAGCGCUGAGGCGCUUCAGCGCCUAGGAUUUGCGGGAUUCGUCUCGGACUUCAUCGACGGCCCACCAGAGGUUGUGCGCAUGCUCUGCGAAAAUGAGGACCUCCACAACACGCCGAUCUGCUUUGGCGAGAUGCCUGCGCAGCAGAUCGAGGCGCUUACGCGUCGCAUUGCGAGCGGCGAGCUCAAAUUCCGGCGCGUGGUCAUUGGUGACUCCAUUUACCAGUUCAUGCGCUCGUCCUUUGGCCGGCGCCAGCUGAGCACUGUGAUCCGGACGAUUCCGCAGCGGUCUGCGAUCUUUGGGCGUGGAAUAUCGGAGGAACAGCGGCGGCAGGUGGCGGCGCGCAUAGCGGAGUUGGAUGCGCAGGCGGAAAAGCAAGCGGAUGCGCAGGAGGCGGCGGACGCGAAGGCUGCGCAGGAGGCGGGCGCGUUGGAGAAGACAAGCGGGAUUCUUCACGAGAUUCGCGCCAAGAUGAGCCACCAGCGCAACCAGCAGGAGGCGCUGGUGAAGUGCGAGACGAGGAUUUCGACGUUGCGUGACGAGCUGGAGGUGGAGAAGCGGGCGCUGCGCAAGAUGAAGCGGCGGGAGGCGGAUGCAAGGGCAGGGAGUGGUAGCACAGAGCAGAGCGAGAUGCGCCGGUUGUUGGCGCAGCUGCGCGCGAAGCGGGAGCGGCAGAUGGACAUGCUUGCGGAGAUCGAGCCGGUAAUCGGCAAGAUGUGCGCGCAGGGGGAGCGCGCGGCGCAGGUGAACUUGCAGCGGCUAGAAGAGGAGAACAGGCGCACAAUUUUAAGCGGGUUCAUGGACUCGGCGGAGGUGCGCAGGCAGGAGCUUGCGCAGCAGAAGCAGGCGGCGAAGGAGAAGUUUGUGGCGGUGAAGGUGGAGUACCAGGCGGCGCUCGAGAAGUACCGGCGCGAGGUGGAGUGCUACAGCGCAGAGAAGCGUGCACAGGUGCGCGAGACUAUCGAGCAGCUCAAGCAGCGCUCAUUGUUGUCGCCCGAGGGCGUUGCUGCAGAGGAAAACAGAGUGAAGUCCGCAAUGCGGCUCCAGCGCAGCGGCACAGGUGGUGCCAGCUUCUCAAUCGAGAUGCUCGAGCAGAACGAGCGCACGAUUGCGCAGCUCGAGCAGCAGGUGCCGCAGCUGCAGGACUCGUUGCGCCAGGUGCAGCAGGCCAUGGACGAGGUCGUGCGCGUGUGGAAGCCGCAGUUGGACCAGUUGGUGAAGCGGAUCGGCGCGGAUUUCGGCGCCAGCAUGGCCGAAGUGGCCAGCGCCGGCGAUGUGAGGCUCGAUUGCGAGUCAGAGAACUACGCUGAGUGGAAGCUCCGCAUCCUGGUGAGUUUCAGGGACUCUGAGGAGAUGGUACAGCUAAAUGCGGCCCAGCAGUCCGGCGGCGAGAAGUCGGUCACCACGGCCGUGUUCCUCAAUUCCUUGCAGGGCCUUACCAACACACCUUUCCGCAUAGUCGACGAGAUAAACCAGGGUAUGGACUCGCACAACGAGCGCCGCGUGCACGAGAUGAUCGUGCGCAAGGCCACUUCUGUCGUUGGGGCUUCCCAGUACUUCCUUAUCACGCCAAAGCUCCUCACGGACUUGUUCUAUACGGAGGACAUGGAAAUCCACUGCAUCUUCGCGGGUAUGUGGCUUCCUCCUUGCGAGGAUAAGCCCCAGUUCUUGGAGAUGGGCGAGCUGUGCAAGUUUGUGGGCUCUGACUGA